GGCCGCGGCGCUGCGAGGGCCGGGCCGGGCGCAGCUACAGCCCCGGGGCUGCCUCCCUGGCCGCGGCGCAGGCUGGGAACGUCGUUCCGGGGACCCGGGCGAUGACGGGGCUCUGGCUGGGGCUGGAGGGGCAGGAGCUGCUGCUGUGGGGCGCGGCGAGCGUGGCGUCCCUGGCCGGCGCCAGCCUGGUCCUGAACCUGCUUCGGUGGGCGGCGAGCUACGCGCGGAAGUGGCGGCAGAUGCAGCCCAUCCCCACGGUGGCCCGCGCUUACCCGCUGCUGGGCCACGCGCUGCUGAUGAAGCGGGACGCGCGAGAAUUUUUUCAGCAGAUAAUUCAGUACACAGAAGAAUACCGCCACAUGCCGCUGCUGAAGCUCUGGGUCGGGCCAGUGCCCAUGGUGGCCCUUUACAACGCAGAGAAUGUGGAGGUAAUUUUGACUAGUUCAAAGCAAAUUGACAAAUCUUCUAUGUACAAGUUUUUAGAACCAUGGCUUGGCCUAGGACUUCUUACAAGUACAGGAAACAAAUGGCGUUCCAGGAGAAAGAUGUUAACGCCCACUUUCCAUUUCACCAUUCUGGAAGAUUUCUUAGAUAUCAUGAAUGAACAAGCAAAUAUAUUGGUUAAGAAACUUGAAAAACAUGUUAACCAAGAAGCAUUUAACUGCUUUUUUUACAUCACUCUUUGUGCCUUAGAUAUCAUCUGUGAAACAGCCAUGGGGAAGAAUAUUGGUGCUCAAAGUGAUGAUGAUUCCGAGUAUGUCCGUGCAGUUUAUAGGAUGAGUGAGAUGAUAUUUCAAAGAAUAAAGAUGCCCUGGCUUUGGCUUGACCUCUGGUACCUUAUGUUUAAAGAAGGAUGGGAACACAAAAGGAGCCUUAAGAUCCUACAUACCUUUACCAACGACGUCAUCGCUGAACGGGCCAAUGAAAUAACGGCAGAUGGCGAAUGCAGAGGUGAUGGUAGGGGCUCUGCCCCCUCCAAAAACAAACGCAGGGCUUUUCUUGACUUGCUUUUAAGUGUGACUGAUGAUGAAGGGAACAGGCUAAGUCAUGAGGAUAUUCGAGAAGAAGUUGACACCUUCAUGUUUGAGGGCCAUGACACAACUGCAGCUGCGAUAAACUGGUCCUUACACCUUUUGGGUUCCAACCCAGAAGUCCAGAAAAAAGUGGACAAUGAGCUGGAUGACGUGUUUGGGAAGUCUGUCCGUCCUGCUACCGUAGAAGACCUGAAGAAACUUCGGUAUCUGGAAUGUGUUAUUAAGGAGACCCUUCGCCUUUUUCCUUCUGUUCCCUUAUUUGCCCGUACUCUUAGUGAAGAUUGUGAAGUGGCGGGCUACAGAGUUCUGAAAGGCACGGAAGCUGUCAUCAUUCCAUAUGCCUUGCACAGAGAUCCGAGAUACUUCCCCAAUCCCGAGGAGUUCCAGCCCGAGCGGUUCUUCCCUGAGAAUGCCCAAGGGCGCCACCCAUACGCCUAUGUGCCCUUCUCUGCUGGACCCAGGAACUGUAUAGGUCAAAAGUUUGCAAUGAUGGAAGAAAAGACCAUUCUUUCAUGCAUCCUGAGGCACUUUUGGAUAGAAUCCAACCAGAAAAGAGAAGAACUUGGUCUAGAAGGACAGUUGAUUCUUCGUCCAAGUAAUGGCAUCUGGAUAAAGCUGAAGAGGAGGAAUGCAGACGAAGCCUAACUAUGUCAUUGGGUUGUGCCUUUAUCAUGACAAAGGUCUUUCUUUUAAGAGAUCCUUGGUAUUUACAAUUUACAGAUCGUGAGUUCAAUAUGCUUGAAUCCCCUAGACCUAAUUUUUCCUUGUCUCCAGUGAUCUUGACAUCAAGUCUAACAAAGAA